GAUGCAUUUUCUCCAGCUUCUUUAGAAGAGCUUAAUCUGACAAGAGACCCGGUAGACAAAAAACCAAAACAAAACUACGGAAAGACACCUCCUCUACCAUCAUGUCCACUUCGCUGAGAGUGAGCCCAUCGGUCCACGGGUACCACUUUGACACCGCGGCCCGAAAGAAAGCUGUGGGCAACAUCUUCGAAAACAUAGACCAAGAAUCCCUCCAGCGGCUGUUCAAAAACUCUGGGGACAAGAAAGCCGAGGAGAGAGCUAAGAUCAUCUUUUCUAUCGACCAAGAUAUGGAAGAAAAGACCAGAGCUCUCAUGGCCCUGAAGCAGAGGACCAAAGACAAACUGUUUCAAUUUCUGAAACUCCGGAAAUAUUCGAUCAAAGUUCACUGAGCAAAUAAAGCAGGAGAGACUGGCUGAGAGGAUAAGAACAAUGUAAGAAUGAAACUGCGGUUCGCGAGAUCCUGACAAAAUGCCUCCUGCAGCUGCCUGUCGGCCUGGGGUAAGGACCUCCAAGCCUGAGAACCGACUGGCUGUAAUGAACUGAAAUCCGUUUCACACACUGAAAUGUUGCCCGGACAAGAGGCAGAAAAACUCCCGGCAGCCAUGAGCAACUCUCCCUGUGGGAAAGGACUGUUUUGGUUGUCCAGGGACAAAGAAGAUUCUGCUUGGAGGCAUGCCGGUGACAGCUAGAGACAGCAGGAAGAGGUAGCUCUCCAAGACCACUCGGACAGACCCCAGGGGUAGUACCCCAUUCAGUCUGAACUUUUUUUCAGCAAGCCAGGGGGACAGAGUGGAUGCCACACGUGUUUACAGAACUUUUUUGUUGAAUUUUGAAAAAAAAAAAAAAAAGCUGCCAAGCCUCAAAGCUGUCUGUUGGAAGAUCAGUAAUUGAUCAUUUAAUUUGCAUUUGUUAAAAUGCCUUUAAAAGUACACACCACAUGUGUGUGAAUAGAAACUCAAGAGACUGCCUACAGUGGCUUCUUCAGAGCUGUGCAAUUUUAAUUUUGUCUUGCUCUUCUGAUCUAUAGAGUGCUUUUAUAUAUACACACUAUAUAUAUAUAUAUAUAUGUUUCAUAUUGGUUGCACAAAAGUUAAAA